UACAACUUGACAUUGAAUGAUAAAAAGAAUGUUUCGGGAACAUGGCAAUUUUGAGAUUAUUAUACAAAAAGCGACAAUUUCUAUUUGCAAUAUUAUGUGUAACAACGUUCUGGAUGAUUUACAUUUUCUUAUCCUUGCCUCAACCAUCAAAAACAGAAACAAGAACAAGUUUUUCGGAUAAUUUAUCAAAGACUCAGAUUGUUCUAAGAAAAAAUGAAGAGAAAAGCUUGAAAGACAGAACUGUCAAUAAUGUUAUUGCCAAACCAGAUCUGGUCAAGAAACCACAACUGAGUGAGGUGAAAAAUGAAUCUGACAAAUUCAAAAAGGAACAGGAUGAAAAGAAAAAAGAAAAGAAUUCACCAGAGAAAAAGAAGGAAACAAAAAACCCUAAUUUAGAAAAGAAAAUUUCUGAAAAAAAUAUUAAAGUCACAUCAGUGAAUGCAAAAGUAGAUAAAAUAUCUGGAAAUAAAACAUCAGUGAAGUCACCAGAAGUGAAGGGAAACUUAAAUAUUGUACUGGAAAAAAUUAAAAAUAAAACUUUAGAAAUGGGAAAGAGUGUAAAAAAUAAAACACUGGAAAAACUGUCAGCUUUUGGUGUAUUUCAACCAAAACAGUACAAAAAAUUACUAUAUCAGCAAGGUUUGUGGCCCCUUAAUUUAUCGUUGGAAGAUGUUGGCGGCAUAAUGAAAGAUACUUCUUAUCUUCAAAAAGAAGAAAAAAUUAGCAUAAAUUAUCCAAAAUUACUGUCAUCGAAGAUUAAUGAGACAGUUGGGAAUGAGACAAUAACAUUAAGAAAUCUUACUAUGACCAACAGUGUUGGAUUUUGUGACUGUGAAGAUUAUGAAUGUUUCUGUUGUGGUAGAGUGGAGAUGAAGAAAAUGCAUGUAAAUAAUACAGCAUGUGCCAAUUUUACUUUUAUGACAAAAUCUCAGGAAUUUGACUACAGAUUUUCUUUAGAUAAAAAACUUUUGGAUAAACAGAUUAUAUCGGCUGAACAGCCACCAACAGUAUGUUUAGGAUCAAUAUCUAAAGUAGGAGCAGUAUGUACCAGAUUUUUAAAUGUGACAUCGAUAGUUAGUAUACAAGAAGAUCACAAACUUCAUGUAGUCGGAUGUUUAGAGUUCAGUUUGAUGUUAUACAAUCGAACUGUUAGUGCAUUCCCUGUUGACUGUUUCCAGUUACCCAGUCAUCAACAUAGAGUUAAAGAAGAAAAAGCUGUACAUGAUUUUGGUAACUGGAUGCCAUGAUUAUGGAUAAGGGACAAGGUGUUAUAUAUUGUAAUCCUAUUUAUUUGUUGAAUUCCUGUCAUUUUUUCAUUCCUAUUCAGUAAAAGGUUCAAUCCAUUUAAUACAGGGUAUAAAUCUCCAAAACUAUGUAAGCUAUAAAUAGUAUAGCUUAAACUUGUAUAUGUUUUCUGCAAAAUAUAAUUUUCAGUUUUAUGUUUAUAAUAUAUUAUUUACAAUCAGUGUUUGGUUGGCUCACAAGCACAGAAAAAUGCUUGUACCAUAAUAAUGAUUUUAUACAUUUUCCUGUAGACUAGUGAUAUAUUGCUGUGCAAUUUACAACGUUGUAAAAUUUUAAGUAUUGAUAACUGCACUUGAUGGUCUUUCCAUAAACCUAUCAAAAUAUUAUCUUUUAUUCACAGAAAGUAUUAAUCUGAGAGAUAUCAAAGAUUAUAUAUGUGAACCUAGUAAAUUUGCCCAAGACCUAAUAACUUAAGGAAAAAAACUUCAGUUGCUUUAUUUUUUAGAUUUUUUCAAAUAUUUAGAAAUGAGUUACAAUGUUAACCAUAUAAAUGAUUUAGCCACAAGAUCUCUGUUGCAAAGAUGAUAUGAGUGAAAUAUAUCUUUUUGAGGAAAGCUUUUGCCCAUAAUAAAUUUUACUGAAUACAUGUUAAAUGGAAAUUUUUAGUCAAAUAUAUAUGUGCAUUAUGACUUUUCCAUAAUGUCACAGGAACAUCCCAUAUCCCAUUUCUAUGCUAAAAGAUUCUUGUCAUCUGUUUUGUUUUUAGUCCCCUACCGACGAAGUCGAAGGGGACUUCAGGUUUGCACUCUAUCCGUCUGUCUGUCCGUCCGUCCGUCUGUCUGUCCAUCCGUCAGUCCGGCAACUCAGCUUUCCACACUUUUUAUCUUCGUUCUUGAAGAUUUUGAUUUGAUAUUUGGUAUAUAGUUUUAUCAUGACAAGUUAUAGAUCAAGUUCGAAUUUUGUUCCAGUCUGAUGAUUUAGUCCAGAGUUAUGGUCCAUAAAAAAACUCCAUAACUAAUGUUAGAGUACUAUGUUAAACCAUAUAAUCGGGUACAAAGGGAGAUAACUCAUUUUUUAAAAGACAUUCUUUGGGAAAUUGUUUGAGGAAUUUUGUGGCAGGUUUAUAUGUUAUUUUGUAUAAACUAAUUUUCUGAAUGCUUUAAUUAGAUAAUAAUCUAUUUUUAUUAAGGUAUAUAUUUCAUUACAUUACAUUGUGUAGAUAAAAGUUGUUGACAUUUUAUAGAUAAGUUACAAAUCUAUAUUUGUUUGUGACAAAUGAAAGAAACAAUAUUUGGAACUAUUAAUUAUAUUUGAUUAUAACUUGAAAAUAAAUAUACAUUGUAUUACAUCAUAUCUAAUUUUAGAGAACUAUUAAUCAUAUCUAAUGUUAGAAUGUUAUAGGUUUUCCACACUUUUUUUCAUCAUGCUUGAAGAUAUUGAUUGACAAUUGGUAUAUAGUUUUAUCAUGACAAGUUACAGAUCAAGUUCAAAUUUUUGUUUCGGUCUGAUAAUUUUGUGCAGAGUUAUGGUCCUUGGACUUGAAAAAUUUCACUCAUAUAUUCAGUUUUCCACACUGUUUUUAGUCAUGCUUGAAGAUAUUGACUUGAUAUUUUCUUUUUGUUUACACCAUGACAAGUUAUAGAACAAGUUAGCAUUUUGUUCCAGUUUAAUGAAUUUUUACCCGGUAGGGGACUAUGUAUUGCCAUGCAAUACUCUCAGAAUGCUUGUUUAUCUACAGGUUAGCAUAAUUUUGAAAGGAUUGAAUAAAUUUAAUAUUUUUAUCGACUUCAGUGGCCAAAUAGUUUUUGUUUUUUCCAAUAGCAUUUUGUUUUUUAUCUACAGGUUAGCAUAAUUUUGAAAGGAUUGAAUAAAUUUAUAAUUUUUUUUCAACUUCAGUGGCCAAAUAGUGGCUCUUAUACCUCCUUCUUUGUUUAUUGUGCCAUGACUGCCAAAUUUAAUGGCUUGUAAACAAAUAGUACUAUUUUGUUAAAUUAAAGUAUUUUGAUAUGUUUGUAAUAGUAAUAUUUUGUUAAAUUUAAGUGUUUUGAGAUAUUUGUUUUCACCAAUUUAAUCAUAUUAGUCCAAACUUUAGUAAAUUGAGUACUAACACUGACUUUUACCAUGUUUCUACCUUCCCUGUUCUCAGCAUUGUAGUAAACACUGUAGAACUCUUUGAGUUUUGAACAAGUCCUAUAGUAUAGGUGUUUCAAAAGUUGAAUUUUCAAUUUGAUGUGUACAUACCAAAUUCAUGAAUUUGAAAAAUAGCUGGUGUCGGGACGAAUUUUUUUUUCGAGAUUGAUCAGACAACAAGAGGUUUUAGGCGUUUCAUUCUUACUUUGAAAUCUGUUAACUUCUCACACAUCACUGAAUUUACUGGUAGAUAAUAUGUAAACACUGUUUUAUAGAAAUAUUUGUUAUUUAUCCAAAAGUUGUUUUUUAGUAUGAGUUGUGUUAUUGUAGAAUUACUAAUAUUUUUAAAGUGUUUUAUAAUGUGGAAAACUUUGUAAUGAUUUUUAGAGGUCUAAAUCAGAUAUUUUGAAACUAACAUAAUUAUAACAUUUUUCAAAGAACUUCAAUGUGAACAGAUCUAAUAGUUUGUCAUUUUAGUAAAAUAUAAUAUAUAGAAAAUGUAUACCAUGAGGCUGAUAAAACAUUUGCAGAAGAAUACAGAAAGGUCUAUGAGGAAGAUAACAUGAUAUUGCAUCAGCAUGUUGAGAAGGGAACGUUGUGCACAUUCAUAUUAGAAGAAGUUAUGUACACAUUAUUGGGAUUAACAGUUAUAUGUUGCCGCACAUUGACUUGAUUCAUACUCAGUUAUUCAUUUGAAACUUUUGAUUUUUCUUGGUGUUUAUAGAAUUAAUCUCAACUAAAACUUCCCAAAAUAUAUUGACAUAGUCACUUAUAAUCAUGGUAUCUUUUGUGAUGGCAUUAAUCAUCUUGUUUCUGUAAUUUUAGAUUUACAUAUCAUUUUGUAUUUUCCUGUUAGUUUCUUGGAUUUUAGUGUUAAUUUUGUAAUUUGUUAAAUGUUUUCUUAAGGAUACAAAACAUAUACAUGUAGUAGUUUUGCAUACAACAUUUGUAGUACAAUUAAGUUACACAUUUUUAUAAAAAUUUUGAGAUAACACAAAUUGGUGUAUUGACUGUUAACACCAGUAUCAACAGUUUUGUUAAAUUCAUGCAAAGAAUUUCUGAUGUUAAAGAAAUAAUAAUAAUACAUUUUAAUAUUAUCUUGUAUAGAAGUUUGAAGUAUGACAAUAAAACAAAUGUAUUAAUGAUGGUGAUUUAUAUGUUGCUCACAUCUUCAUAUCAUUUUAAAUGAAUAAAGUUUUGCAUAGUAUGUAUGUGUAUUGAAGUGAAUUAUUUAUGUGAUUUAUAGUGGUAUUAUUUAAAAGGAAAUAAUACAUCACAAGUUUAUUAUAAAAAUUAUAUGUGAAAUCAUUGUGUAUCAACUUAUACCAGAUACUGCUUUAUAAUGCUACAGAAUAAUUUGUAUUGGCAGGAUUCACAAUUGGCAGGGUUCCAGUUCUCUGUAUACACUUCCUACUGGUAUAGGGUGUAGAUUGCUGAACAAAAACAAAAUUUAACAGAUACAUGUACACUUGAUUACAGUAUUAUUUUGUUUCAUUGGAUGUUUAUAUCCUUCACCACCUUGUCAAAAGAUGCACACUUAAUGACUGCAUUUAGUUAUUAUCUUACUAAAUUUUCAUUUACAAGUUGCAGUUAAUUAUUUUUAUUUGACAGCUUUGCAUACCAUCGCUGUCCACAUGAGGGAACUCUACCAACAGGAAAUUUAGUAGGCAUUGGUUCGGGAGUUUUUUUUUCAAUUAACAUUAUUAAAAUUAGCAGGACUCCUCAAAGUUAAUGGAGUCAAAACCUUUUAAGGCUAGUGCACUUCAAUCUUUUACUAUUAUUUUUUACGAUUAUCUUGUUUUAAAGAGAAACUUAUUGUUAUUUUCAUUUACAAACUUAGGAUGUGUGUUGUCAACAUAGAAAUCAUUAUGAUUUCACAGAACACAUAAAAAAUAUGAAGUCAUGAGAAAUUUGUUGGAGUUUCCUUCCCUUUUGGUUGAGCCUGUGAAAUUUAUUUUGCGAAAGCGAGACAUAGUGAUCAUAGAUUCCGUCGAUGGCGUCAACAUUUAGGUUAAGUUUGUGGUUAAAAUUUUUUUGGACAUCAAUAACUUUGUCAAACCUACAUGGAAUUUUAUAAAAUUGAGACAGAAGCUUGUUUAUGACCAAAAUACAGUAUCCAAGGCAAAAUUUAGAAAAUAUUUAUUUUUAUUUUUCCGUAUUUUACUAAUAAAUGGACUUAGUUUUUUUAACAGAUAACUUCUGAUUUUGUCUGAGGUUAAAGUUUUUCAGUCAUCAAUAGCUUUGUCAAACCUUCAUGGAAUUUUAUAAAUUUGGACAGAAGAGUGUUUAUGACCAAAAUGUAGUAUCCAGAGCAAAAUUUGGGAAAUAUUUAUUUUCAUUUUUCUGUAUUUUACUGAUAAAUGGACUUAGUGUGGGGUUAAGUUUGUUACACAUCAAUUACUUUGUCAAACCUUCAUAGAGUUUUUUUGAACUUUGCUUUUUAAUGAUUAAAAGAUACGGCCUAAAAGAUAAUGUCUGAAGCAAACCCUUGAAAAUAUAUAUUUUAUUCCUUUUUUUCUAUUUUUCUGAUAGAUGGACUUCAAUUUUAUACCACCGCAAAAAUUAAACAUUUUUUGGUCGUAUAUUGGUAUGAUGUUGGCGUCGUCGUCGUCGUCGUCGUCCGAAGACACAUUGGUUUUCGCACUCUAACUUUAGUUUAAGUGAAUUGAUCUCCAUGAAAUUUUACCAUAAGAUUCAAUACCACAAAAGGAAGGUUGGGAUUGAUUUUGGGGGUUAUGGUACCAACAGUUAAGGAAUUAGGGGCCAAAAAGGGCACAAAAAUAAGCAUUUUUGUAACUUCCAGACAUAACUUGUGUGUUAGUGUAUGGAUCUCUCUGACAUUGUACCACAAGGUUCCAUAUCGCAAAGGGAAUGCUGGGAUUGAUUUUGGGGGUAAUUGCCUCAAAAUUUUAGGAAUUAGGGGCCAAAAAAGGGGCAAAAAACAAGCAUUUUUCUAGUUUCAUGAUAAUAACUUGUGUGUAAGUGUAUGGAUCUUUCUGAAAUUGAAUUACAAGGUUCCAUAUCACAAAGGGAAAGUUGGAAUUGAGUUUGGGGGUAAUUGCCCAAAACGUUUAGGAAUAAGGGGCCAAAAAGGGGCCAAAAAUAAGCAUUUUUCUAGUUUCCAGACAAUAACUUGUGUUCAAGUGUAUGGAUCUCUCUGAAAUUGUACUGCAAGGUACCAUACCACAAAGGGAAGGCUGGGAUUGAUUUUGGGGGUAAUUGCCUCAAAAUUUUAGGAAUUAGGGGCCAAAAAAGGGGCAUAAAACAAGCAUUUUUCUAGCUUCAGGACAAUCACUUGUGUGUAAGUGUAUGGAUCUUUAUGAUAUUGUACUACAAGGUUCCAUAUCACAAAGGAAAAGCUGGAAUUGAGUUUGGGGGUAAUUGCCCAAAACGUUUAGUAAUAAGGGGCCAAAAAGGGGCCAAAAAACACAUUUUUCUAGUUUCCAGACAAUAACUUGUGUUCAAGUGUAUGGAUCUCUCUGAAAUUGUACUGCAAGGUACCAUACCACAAAGGGAAGGCUGGGAUUGAGUUUGGGGGUGAUGAAUCAUAAGGGGGUUCAAAAAAUUUGGGGGGGGGGAUUUUUUUUUUCUUCCUUUUUUUUCUUUUUUUCCUUUUUUUUUUCUUUUAAAAUUUUCCAUUUUAAGUUGGUUAUUUUCUGAUUUAUAUUUAAAAGCAAAUAAUAAUGAUAUGGUAGGAGAUACACACCAAACAGGAUGUGUAAAUUAUUAUAUAAUAAGUAUUGUGCAAUAGCAAGAAAUUUUCAAUUGCACAGUAUUGCGCAAUAGCAAGAAAUCUUCAAUUGCACAGCAUUGCGCAAUAGCAAGAAAUAUCCAAUAGCACAAUAUUGCGCAAUAGCAAUAAAUUGUCAAUUGUACAGUAUUGCACAAUAGCAAGAAAUAUUCAAUUGCACAGUAUUGUGCAAAAGAAGAUACUUCGUAUAAAUUGCUUAUUUCUUGACCAAUUUCAAUGGGGUUUUAUUCUUGAAUUCUUGGGGUUCUUUAAUAUGCUGAAUCUAACCGUGUAUUAAGUUUUUUGAUUUUGGGCCCCGUUUUUAAAUUGGUCCACAUUGAGGUCAAAAGGGUCCGAAAUUAAACUUUGUUUGAUUUCAUCAAAAAUUGAAUUAUUGGGGUUCUUUGAUAUGCCGAAUCCAACCGUGUAUUUAGAUUCUUAAUUUUUGGUUCCGUUUUCAAAUUGGUCUACAUUAAGGUCCAAAGGGUCCAAAAUUAAACUUAGUUUGAUUUUAACAAAAAUUGAAUUCUUAGGGUUCUUUGAUAUGCUGAAUCUAAACAUGUAUUUAGAUUUUUGAUUAUGGGCCCAGUUUUCAAGUUGGUCCAAAACGGGGUCCAAAAUUAAACUUUGUUUGAUUUCAACAAAAAUUGAAUAUAUGGGGUUCUUUUGAUAUGCUGAAUCUAACCAUGUAUUUAGAUUUUUGAUUUUUGGGCCCCGAUAUCAACUUUGUCCACAUUGAGGUCAAAAGGAUCCAAAAUUAAACAUUGUUUGAUUUCAUCAAAAAUUGAAUUCUUGGGGUUCUUUGAUAUGCUGAAUCUAACCAUGUAUUUAGAUUUUGGAUAUUGGACCAUAAUAGGUGAAUGUCCAAUUUAAAAUUUUUAAGUUCUUAGACCACAUUCAUUCUGUGUCAGAAACCUAUGCCUUGUCAAAUAUUUAAUCAUAAUCCAAAUUCAGAGCUGUAUCAAGCUUGAAUGUUGUGUCCAUACUUGCCCCAACUGUUCAGGGUUCGACCUCUGCGGUCGUAUCAAGCUGAGCCCUGCGGAGCAGUUUAUUUACAGUUAACAUUUACAGUCUGGGAUUAAAUUUUUUUUACAUGAUAAAUUUGUAAACUUCAUGGAUUGUUAUGAAACUUGGACAGAAGCUCAUCUUCAAGACCAAGAAAUAGCAUCUAAAGAAAAAGAUUGAUUUUUUUUUUAAAUUCUCUAUUUUUCUGAUAAAUGGGCUCACUUUUUAAUUUAAGUCAACAUUACACUUUUACACUGACAGCAGCAAUCGCAGGCGAAACACAGGGUUCUGCGGAACCCCUUAUGAAUUUUUUUGGGGUAAAGAUUGCAUGAAACCCUAUGGUACUGACUGAUAUCUAUAUCUUUGAAGGUUGAUCACUACCUUUGAUAGUUCAAAUAAAAAAAUGCACUGUAGUGAUCAUUAUUUAGAUCCUAUCCAGUCUAUUUCAUGCAACUUAUUGAUGAUAUAUUAUACUUUGAUAUUUUUAAGUUACAAUAUGAUGUGUAUUUGAAUUACCAUACUUGUCAAGAAAACAUGUUUUUAUUAAAAAUUACAGAAGUAAUGCAUGGUGUAUGAAUCUGUUAUAAAAAUAGGUUCAACUACAAAUGUACAAUCAUGAACAAAGAAAGAUAAGUCUCAACUCAAUUUUUUAACUUGCCAAGCAAAAUAAAAUUCAAUUUAAAAAUUCACUAAAUUGCAAAAUGAAAUCAAUCUUUACCCUUCAGUGCUCACAAGCACUUUGAUUAGAAUUUCUCUCUACAUUUAUUGCAAUGAUUUAACAUGUAAAUAAUCUCAUGGCAGUAUUAUAAAUAUAUUUACUGUGAUAUGGUAGAUAAGUAUAUUAGUGUAUUGAUUUACACCUUUAUGUACUUAAUGUGAAUGUAUGCUCCCAUUAUGUAAUUAAAAACCCUUCAAAAGAA